GGCAAAUAUUUAGGAAGGUACCACAAUAUUUCGUCUUAGUUUUGUCCUAAUUAUUGGCGCCUCUGGCAAGGGUUGUCGUAUUAAAGCGGGCCGGCACAUUAUAAUUAAUAAGACGCCUUUUCAGGAGUUUAAAAAACUAAUUUUUACUAGCUCUGUGAAGUCUACAAAGGCGGCAGCAGCCAGCAUCCGCCCGUUCAAGCUCGAGGAGACCGAAAAGAAAGCAAAUUUUGCUCUUCAGUGCUGAAAGUACACCUGCCUAACAAGGAGGAGGGUUUUCAAGAUGUGUAGAGAGAAGGACCAGAACCUGACCAGCUCCUGCGCAGAGUGCGGAAGUGAGGCGAGCUGAGAUGGCCUGAAGAUCUAAGAGGUUAUGUGAAGCAUAUAUAAAUCUGUCUACUGGAGAAGAGCUACCUGUGCACACUCAUUGUCAGUAAAAAGGAGUCUGAGGAGACGUAUUGUAAGUCACCUUAAUAAAUGACCACUGCAGAAGAGCAUCUCUGUUAAUGAAGUCUACACCAAGCAGGGCCACACAUAAUCUGCUUUGAAAACUACUGCCUGCAUACGGAAGUACAGAACACAGACUGAUCACUGCUUUCAACUACCUCGUGGACCUUGUGUCCCCCUAAACCAAAAAAAGUUAGGCCUUAAGCUUUUUCAAAGAACUUCAAGCAUCUUCAGGAGUGAAAUAUUUGGAGGAAAAUAUGAACGGCUAUCCGGAAAUGUCAAUUAAGUGCGUCCUGGUCGGGGACAGUGCAGUCGGAAAGACGGCACUGCUGGUCCGCUUCACUUCAGAGACCUUCCCUGAUUCCUACAAGCCCACAGUGUUUGAUAACACCGGGGUGGAGGUCUACAUGGAUGGGAUCCAGAUCAGUCUGGGGCUGUGGGACACGGCUGGUAACGACAGCUUCAAACAGAUCAGACCACGAUCAUACCAGCAGGCCGACGUCGUCCUAAUCUGCUUCUCUGUGGCUAACCCUAACUCUCUCGCCAGUGUCCAGAACAAGUGGAUCAAUGAGGUUCGGCAACACUUGCCCAGGGUACCGGUGCUGGUUGUGGCAACCCAGACGGACCUGAGGGAAGUGGGUGGGCAUCGGGGCAUAUGCAUCACACCAUCGGAGGGUAAACAUGUGGCUCAAGAAGUUCGGGCUAAAGGCUAUCUGGAGUGCUCCUCCUUAAGCAACCGUGGCGUGCAGCAGGUGUUUGAGUACGCUGUGCGGACAGUUGUUAACCAGGCCAAGAAACAGGCCAGAAGACGCAUGUUCAGCAUAAACCAGUGCAAGGUCUUUUGAGCCUUUCAACUUGAUUUUAUGAGCUCCUGAGCCUUUUAUCUGAUGACUUUUUAAUGUGCUGUUCAAACUCAGUUGGCCUUGUAGGGGUAAACUUAGUUCUAUUUCACUAACCUCCCCACACGACCCUCCUAAACUGGAUCAGUAUUUAAACUGAAAAUACACUGAAAACCUAAUGGACUCUGAUUCAAGUGUACAGAGGUGAAAAGUCUACGUUUGUGUCAUCCACACAUGCAGUCCUAAAGAAUGAUGUUUAUUCUUAUAUGGAGCUAGAUCUAAUGGGACAAAGUAUUUUUGUGAAGGACUUGUACUUAAUUAAAGCUUUAAGAGGAGAGUAUGUUAAUGUGUCAGCCAAAAUUAAAAGUACAUUUUUAAAAAUUGCAUGGGGCUUCGAUGGUGAGAUUUGCACAUUUGUCACAACCAAACAAGCAGAACAUCAACUAAAUUCAUAGAAACUUUUUAUUUAAAAAAAAUGUUAAUAAUAAUAUGUUUUUAUUGCUUUUUCUCAUCAGGUAUAUCAAGAAAAUGAUAAAUAGAAGUAUUUUCCCAUGUUGGGCUGAGCAUACUCAUAUAUAUAGUUCAAUUUUAUUAAAUAUUAUUAGAAAUAAAGUGUUAAUUUUUAUUGAAACCGUUCCAUGAGCACAGAAUUAAGCGUUUAACUCUGUGCCUCUAUUUAGAAAAUACAAAAAAAAGAGAUCUGUUGUUGGGCACUAUUGAGUGCGUGUUUGUGUGUUUUAUUUGUGGAACAACUAACUCACUUAAAACUAAAUUAAAGCUAAGGAUUUAACACAUGAUUUUCAUUCAUGUGAAUAUUCAGUGUGUCUGUACAAUUUCACCCUUAGCGGAAGAUUGAAUAAAUAUACAAUUGUGAAAUGCCCUUUCCAAACUUGUAAAAAUGAUCAUAAUUGUACGUUAUUUUGAGUGUUAUCGAUUCAGCCAUUUUGGGUGUUUUUGGUGAAGUUGCAUUGGAGUUUAAGUUUAUGUGCCUUUUUCUAAUAGAAGUCAAAGGUCUGAGGUCACUUCUUUUUCUUUUAAAUCAUUUAUUUGUCAUGUAAUGCAAAUAAUCUUCCCACGUGCCUUACAUGAGUUACUAGUC